AUGUCUGCGGCAGCUCAACAACGUCUCCAAGCUCUCAGCAAGCAGCUUGUCGAGGGUAUACCCGAUGAAGGCACCUUUGAGGAUAUUCCCAAGAUUCGGCACAUUGCAUCAGACUCUGUAGGCCCUCGGGCAAAAGACAAGGUGGUAAUUGUCACCGGAGCAAACUCUCCCAACGGAAUUGGCCGUGCCAGCGCACAUCAAUUCGCGCACAACGGUGCCAAAGCCGUGUACAUCUGUGAUUUCGCCGACUCGCAUCUUGCAACGCACAAGCGUGAGAUCGAGUCCCUGUAUCCGGGUGUGGACGUGCAUGUGCGGCAAUUUGAUGCUGCCGAUGAAAAGGCCCUGACGGCUGUCAUUGACGAAGCGAUUGCUGCAUACGGCCGGCUGGACAUCUUCUUCGCCAAUGCCGGGAUUGUCGGCCAGCCGAAGAUUUUCACCGAGAUUGAAGGCGAUGCAUUCAUGCAGACUAUGAAGGUUAAUGCAUUGGGUCCUUUCCUGGCUGCCAAGCAUGCCGCUCCAGCGAUGAAAAUAACCUCGGAAGCCAAGCCGUAUCCUGGUGGAUCUAUCAUUUGCACUGCAUCGGUGGCUGGACUGCGCUCCAACGCCGGCUCGACAGAUUACUCUGCCUCUAAGGCUGCAGUUGUAUCCAUUGCACAGACUGUCUCAUAUCAGCUGGCCGGUACUGGUAUUCGCAUCAAUGCCAUCUGUCCUGGACUGAUUGAGACGGGCAUGACACAGGCGGUUUUCGACCAUGCGCGAAAGCGCGGCACGCAGCGGAAGAUCGGACAGUUGAACCCCACACAGCGAGGUGCUGUCGCGGAUGAGGUUGCACGUGUGGCCUUGUUCUUAGGUAGUGAUGAAAGCAGCUAUGUCAAUGGUCAGGCCUGGGCUGUUUGUGGUGGACUAAGUGCCGGGCACCCCGUGGUUCCAGGGAAGCUUGCAUAG